AUGGCUCCAAAGAAGAACCAAAACUCUUUGAUCCAAAAGGCUACCGAGAUUGCCACCGUUGUUGGUUUAUCAUCCACCGAGGGCAAGAUCGAGAAUACAACUACGACAAACGGCUCAAGCUCCUCAGGCUCGGAAGAGAUCGACUCCAAAUCUCAAGCCUUCACCACAUUGCCGGUUAUGGUGGUUGAUGCGACUUCCGUGGAUGAGCAAUUGGCGCACUUGGCCCAAGCAGUAGCCAAUCUUCAAAAAAUAGUCGAAGACAAAGACAUGAAAAUCGCUCAAUUAAUGGAUAAGUUGGAACAGUCAGAGGUUGGGGAGUUUAGCCCGAAGCACGAAUCCUACCCGCUUCGUGACGAGAAGGCAAAGCAAGUUGAAGAAGCACAUCCCAAGCCGGACUUCGUGCAAGGUGCCACUCAUUCUUCGAUGUCUGUUGCCACGCUAUCUGUUCAACAAUUGCAAGAGAUGAUUGCCAAUACUAUCAAAGCGCAAUAUGGCGGACCAUCUCAAGUCUCACCCAUGUACUCAAAGCCGUACACUAAGCGGAUCGAUGCAUUGAGGAUGCCAGCGGGGUACCAACCCCCAAAACUUCAACAAUUCGACGGAAAGGGGAACCCCAAGCAACAUAUUGCUCAUUUUAUCGAAACUUGCAACAAUGCGGGGACUAACGGCGAUCUCUUGGUGAAACAAUUCGUAAGAUCACUCAAGGGAAAUGCUUUCGAUUGGUAUGUCGAUUUGAAACCCGAGUCCAUCAACAGUUGGGAAGAGAUGGAACAUGAAUUCUUGAAUCGCUUCUACAGCACGCGUCGUACUGUGAGUAUGAUCGAGCUUACCAAUGCGAAGCAGUGGAAAGAUGAACCGGUUGUGGAUUACAUCAACCGUUGGCGUGCACUAAGCCUAAAUUGCAAGGAUAAGUUAUCGGAAGUGUCGGCGAUUGAGAUGUGUAUCCAAGGGAUGCAUUGGGGGCUUCUCUACAUCUUACAGGCGAUUAAGCCUCGAAAUUUUGAAGAAUUGGCUACGCGUGCCCAUGAUAUGGAGUUGAGUAUCGCAAACCAUAAGAGUGCACUCCCGCUAGAUGGUCAAAAAGGGGAAAGAAAGGAUUUUAAGAGAAACGAAAAAUUCUCUAAAACUUCUACCAAGGAGUCAAUGGCCAUAAAAGCAGUGGGUUUGAAAAUUCCUUCGAAGAACGAAGAUGACAAAACCGGUGAACAUCGAAUAUCAAACGAUAGACGUCGACCCACGUUGAAGGAAAUGCAAGAGAAAGAAUACCCUUUUCCGGAAUCGGACGUCUCCCAUAUCUUUGAUGAGCUGUUGGCAAGGAAAUUAAUUGACUUGCCGGAACCAAAACGGCCCGAAGAAGUAGGAAUGAUGGAUGACCCAAAGUAUUGCAAGUACCAUCGAGUUGUUGGCCAUCCCAUAGGAAAAUGCUUCGUGGUCAAAGAGAAGAUCAUGAGACUCGCGAGAGAUGGCAAAAUAAUACUAGAUACUGAAGAUGUUGCCUACUCGAAUGUUACAAGUGUCACUUCACUCUCAAGCGACACAUGCCCCGCAUCGAACACCCAAAAAUGCCCGCCUGCACCUACGAAGAAAGUGUCUGCAUUUCAAUUUGGGAGUUUGGAACCACAAUUGAUAAGGGCUUUAUUUCACGAGGAGAAAGUCAUACACGAGGAAAACCCCAUCUCUGCUAUUGAGGAUGAGGGAGAAUGGAUUCUAGUGACACGUCGGCAGAGACAGAGGGGACGUGUUGACAAACUUCAUGUAAUGCCAUCACGAAACCCACAGCCAAUAAAAUACAUUCACCAUGCCAAAUCGAACAAAGGCUCAAAGGUGAGUGAUGAUGCUUCAAGAAAAUCUUACGGAAGUUCGGUUCACAAGCACGUGACUUUGAAAGAGUUCUUUCCGAAAGAGUUUUUCAUGCAAAAAGUUGAAAGAGCAUACGUUAAUUCGGAUGAGAGAGACCAUCAACAUUAUAUUCCUUGUUGUGCUGCUAUGACUUUCACGGACGAUGACUUGUUGUUGGGAUCUAAACCUCACAAUCGUCCGCUCGUAGAUGGAGGGUCAGCUGUCAAUAUCUUACCAAAAUCCACCAUGAGACAGUUGGGGAUUGCUACCGAAGAUUUGUCUCGCAGUCGCCUUACUAUUCAAGGAUUUAACCAAGAAGGCCAAAGAGCUAUUGGGAUGGUUCGUUUAGACCUCACAAUUGAAGAGCUAGCGGCAAGUACACUAUUCCAUGUGAUUGAUGCAAGAACCUCUUAUCACUUGUUAUUAGGAAGGCCAUGGCUUCACGAAAAUGGAAUUGUCCCAUCUACCCUUCAUCAAUGCUUCAAAUACCUGAGGAAUGGAGAAAUGAUGAAGGUCGAUGCUAAUGCGAAGCCCUUUACUGAGGCAGGAUCACACUUUGCGGAUGCCAAAUUGUAUCUAGAGUCAAACCUGAAAUGCGAAACGGUGAUUUCAAAGGCACCGGUAUGUCACCCUAUUAAUGGAAGUCAUAUGGAACUCGUACCGACGAAGAUCGGUUGCACAAAGGACGAGAAGGUGGCCACUUCAGUUGAAGCUCCGAUGAGCAAAAAUGACGGGGCUGUGAGGAAACUGAAUUUGCCAGUGUUUCGUUGCGCUCCUCAAUCACGCAGAGGAAGCCAAAUUUUGUUCAUUGAGUGCACCACAUUGUUAGAGGAUGGACAAGAACGACCGAAGGAGCAAGAGCCAAGCCAUUGCCACCUCAUUAGGGAAGGUUUAAUCAUGCCUAUUAUCGACUUAGGUCCAUUGGCGCGUAAGCAGACGCAUGAUGUUGUACCCCAGUCUCAAUGGCCUAGGGAGGCGUAUGAUCCAAGAUCAUAUAAUUUAUUAGCUAAGUCUGGUUACAACUUCUCUAAUCCAUCUCGGCUAGGCGAACUAAAACCUGGGUUGACGGGCGAAAAGAUUCAUGGGUUAAAUGAAACACAAAGGACGUUAAGGAGACAAGGUUUUCGCGUUAAUCAACCCAGAGUCGGUUUGGGAUUCACACCCAUCGAGCCGGUUAGAAUUCGCGUUUCAAGGAAAGGAGAGUGCGCCAACGUCCAUCAUAUCACCAUAAAGGGGGUUGGAAAUCAAAAGAAAACUAGCGGUCGCAUUUCUGCUUUUGAUCGAAUUGGGGCUCCUACCACCCAAUCUUCUGUCUUUGAAAGAAAGACUUGA